AUGAAGAGAGGGGAGAAACCCGAAGGAUAUCGACAGAUGCGACCAAAGACUUUCCCUGCUAGCAACUACAGUGUUAACAGCCACCAGAUGCUGCAGGAAAUUCGGGAGAGUCUCCGGAACCUGUCCCGGCCUUCUGACCCCCCUAAGGUGGACAUGGGGUGUGCUGGUAUAGUGGUGCCUGAAGACCCCAGGCAGCAAGGGCGCUGCAGCAACCCCAGAAACCCCUACCACAAAGCCUUGCAGGAGAUUCGCAAGUCCCUGAUGCCUUUUGCCAAUGAGCCCAGCUCUUCUGGACGGACUGCAGAGGUUAACAAACAGAUGUUGCUGGAGCUGCUAUCUGCUGGCUUUGAGGAGGUAAGGAGGAAUAAUGUAAAAGUGGAAACAGUACUUCAGCUAGGGAUCUAGCAGGGGUGUGGACUUGAGUCACAUGACUUUGACUCUACGUUUACACACACUACAUUGACACACCCACACAAAACCCACUCAGAUACACUACAUUCUCCCACACACGCAUACCGAUACACACUUUUACACUCAUCAUUUGCUGCUGCUACUCUGUUCUUUAUUUUACUCUUAUUAUCUAUCCUGAUGCCUAGUCACUGCCUUCAUGUACAUUGCAUUCGGAAAGUAUUCAGACCCCUCAACUUUUUCUACAUUUUGUUACGUGACAACCUUAUUCUAAAAUGUAUUAAAUAGUUUUUUGUCCCCUCAUCAAUCUACACACAAUACCCCAUAAUGACAAAGAGAAAACAGGUUUUUAGAAAUGUUUACAUAAGUAUUCAGACCCUUUGCUAUUACAUUUUAGUCAUUUAGCAGACGCUCUUAUCCAGAGCGACUUACAGUUAGUGAGUGCAUACAAUUUCAUACUGGCCCCCUGUGGGAAUCGAACCCACAACCCUGGCGUUGCAAGCGCCAUGCUCUACCAACUGAGCUACACAGGGCCACGUUUUAGACUCGAAAUUGAGCUCCGGUGCAUCCUGUUUCCAUUGAUCAUCCUUGAUGUUUCUACAACUUGAUUGGAGUCAAUCUGUGGUAAAUUCAAGUGAUUGAACAUGAUUUGGAAAGGUGCACACCUGUCUAUAUAAAGUCCCACAGUUGACAGUGCAUGUCAGAGCAAAAACCAAGCCAUGAGAUUGAAGGAAUUGUCCGUAGAGAUCCGAGACAGGAUUGUCGAGGCACAGAUCUGGGGAACGGUACCAAAACAUUUCUGCAGCAUUGAAGGUCCUCAAGAACAGUGGCCUCUAUCAUUCUGAAAUGGAAGAAGUUUGGAACCACCAAGACACUUCCUAGAGCUGACCGCCUGGCCAAACUGAGUAAUCUGGGGAGAUGGUCAGGGAGGUGACCAAGAACCCGAUGGUCACUCUGACAGAGUUCCUCUGUGGAGAUGGGAGAACCAUCCAGAAGGACAACCAUCUCUGCAGCACCCACCAAUCAGGCCUUUAUGGUAGUGGCCAGACAUAACAAAAUGUGGAAAAAGUCAAAGGUUCUGAACAUUUUCCGAAUGCACUGUAUAUAUUGACAAAUACAAUCGAUUGGUUGAAAGAACAGACGACUUUCGGUCUACCAAGAUUUUUUUCCAUCGGGGACAGCCCUCAUUUGUUUUAUUUACAUUUAAGUCAUUUAGCAGACGCUCUUAUCCAGAGCAUACAUUAUUUUUUACAUACAGGCCCCCCGUGGGAAUCGAACCCACAACCCUGGCGUUGCAAACGCCAUGCUCUACCAACUGAGCUACAUCCCUGCCGGCCAUUCCCUCCCCUACCCUGGACAACGCUGGGCCAAUUGUGCGCUGCCCCAUGGGUCUCCCGGUCGUGGCCGGCUACGACAGAGCCUGGAUUCGAACCAGGAUCUCUAGUGGCACAGCCUUAGACCACUGCGCCACUCAGGAGAUACUCACUUGAGACUUGAAAAAACUUGGCUUGACUUGCUCUUAGAAUGCACAACUUGGACUAGACUCGAGACUCAACCCAUUCUACUUGGGACUCGACUCGACACUCAGACCUUGAGACUUGCUUGUGACUCGAAUAAUAGUGGCUUGGUCCCACCUCUGUUAGCUAGUAGUACUAUUGCAGAAUGUUUUCCCUUUGUUGGUGGUUGACAGGAGGCUAAUGUGAAAUAUGAAAGCUAUGCAAUGUGGAAUUACCAGCUUUAAUGGCGGCAUGCUCAGGGUGUCAUUUUCUCAUGGGCAUUUCCAUGUAAAAAGUCAUAGUUCAUAGGAGCGCACAACAUUUUGUGUCAAAUGAAAGCUAAGCGUCUAUAUUUUUGAGAAGUUAAGGCAUGUACCGGUAUACAAUUUUCCAUCCUAAAAAUUAGGAAUAAGCAAAGGCUUUGAUUUCUGGUCAAACAGAUUGAAAAGGGGUCUUAGAAAACAUCUAGCAGAAAAUAAGUGUUAAACGGUAUUAGAAAUACAUCAAAACACAAUGUUGAAGUAAAGACCCUGCCAAUGAAUGUCAACACUUAUAUUUAGUUUUUCAGAAAUGAAUUGCCUUCUGUAAGUUUAAUAAAUAUUGCCUAGUGUCUUGUCAUUCUGUUGCCAAAAACCCACAUCUUUAAGAUAUUUUUUUUAUUUUUCUCCCUCAUCAUGAGGGAGGGGAAGGAAAGUUCAUAGAAGUAACAAGUAAAGGUAGACCUACCAAUUAGUGUUUUUACUGAUAGCAAUUUGGUUUGAGGUAUUAAGUGAUUUAAAACGCAUCAUUCUGUUACCAAAUCAGUAACAGAAUGACUGCAACUGAAUUGGCUACAAUGGGAAUUCAUAGUAGUCACAAACCACAGUUGGGUCACCUGCUACUGGCCUCCCUUCCGCUGGCAUAUUGUUAUGUUCAACUCUUAAUUACUGUUUUCUUUCUCUUUCUGUUGCGUGGUGGUCAAAGCAAGAUUGUGAACACAGUCUGGACAACCAUUUUCUCUCUUUCUCUCUCCAGUUAAUGUCACCUCUCCCGGCUCUUACUGACACCUACCCAUGAGCCCCCUCCCUUUCCACUUACUGUAACCAGUAGGGCUGUGCAUCUUUCCCUUUCAAGGCGAUUCAAUAUAUAUCUAGGUACAUGUGCUCCAAUACGUUUUAGUUUGAAAAGAUUCGGUUUGAUUAGACCACAUACAUUUUCCAUUCUAAAUUAUAAUCUACUGCUGAUGGAGCUCAUGAGCUUGGGCCUCUUUGAGCUGGAUCUGUCCGAGCUGGGGUGUGUGUGGUUGUUUAUGCUAUGUAGGCACCUGAGCUGAGCCACAAGGGAGACUAAGCAUCUACCACCCCACUAACACUAUCAGAUUAGGGGGGUGCAAUGUAGGAUAGACCUAUGUUUUUUGUCCCCCCACUUUGGAUCUGAAAUCACCAUCACCCACUAAUUAACUUGUGUUUGAGCUAGUAAUGUAUCAAUAUUUAUCAUUAUCAAAUUAGCUAUGACAUAGCCAAUUAAUAUAUAGCACAACUUUGGAUUUCACCCCCAUCUCAAAAUCGAAUGGUUUGGAAGUUUUUAGGGAGUGAACUUCUCUUCUCUUGCUUCAGCCAUGCAGUGCGCCUCGCAAAAGUGUGAUAGCUGUCUUUGUUAUCAACUUUACCCUGUAUAUCAAAAAAUUACCAUGCAGUGCAUUCGGAAAGUAUUCAGACCCCUUGACUUUUUCCACAUUUUAUGUUAUAGCCUUAUUCUAAAAUUGAUUAAAUUGAUUUUUUUUCUCAUCAAACUACACACAAUACCCCAUAAAGAGAAAGCAAAAUCUGUUAUUUUUUGAAUUUUUACAAAUGUAUUAAAAAUAAAAAACGGAAAUAUAACAUUUACAUAAGUAUUCAGACCCUUUGUUGAAACACCUUAGGCAGCAAUUACAACCUCGAGUCUUCUUGGGUAUGAUGCUACAAGCAUGGUACACCUGUAUUUGGGGAGUUUCUCCCAUUCUUCUAUGCAGAUCCUCAAGCUCUGUCAGGUUGAAUGGGGAAUGUUGUCGCACAGCCAUUUUCAGGUCUCUCCAGAGAUGUUAGAUCGCGUUCAAGUCCGGGCUCUGGCUGGGCCACUCAAGGACAUUCAGAGACUUGUCCCGAAGCCACUCCUGCAUUGUCUUGGCUGUGUGCUUAGGGUCAUUGUAAUGUUGGAAGGUGAACUUUCACCCCAGUCUGAGGUCCUGAGCGCUCUGGAGCAGGUUUUCAUCAAGGAUCUCUGUACUUUGCGCCGAUCAUCUUUGCCUUCAUCCUGACAUCCAAUCCCUGCCGCUGAAAAACAUCCCCACAGCAUGAUGCUGCCACCACCAUGCUUCACCGUAGGGAUGGUGCAAGGUUUCCUCCAGACGUGACACAUGGCAUUCAGGCCAAAGAGUUCAAUCUUGGUUUCAUCAGACCAGAGAACCUUGUUUCUCAUGGUCUGAAAGACUUUAGGUGCCCUUUGGCAAACUCCAAACGGGCUGUCAUGUGCUUUUAACUGAGGAGUGGUUUCCGUCUGGCAACUCUGCCAUUAAGGCCUGAUUGGUGGAGUGCUGCAGAGAUGGUUGUCCUUCUGGAAGGUUCUCCCAUCUCCACAGAGGAACUCUAAAGCUCUGUCAGUGACCAUCGGGUUCUUGGUCACCUCCCUGACCAAGUUCCUUCUCCCCAGAUUGCUCAGUUUGGCCGGGCGGCCAGCUCUAGGAAGAGUCUUGGUGGUUCCAAACUUCUUCCAUUUAAGAAUGGAGGCUACUGUGUUCUUGGGGACCUUCAUUGCUGCAGAAAUGUUUUUGUACCCUUCCCCAGAUCUGUUGCCUCUACACAAUCCUGUCUCGCGCUCUACGGACAAUUCCUUCGACCUCAUGGCUUGGUCUUUGCUCUGACAUGCACUGUCAACUGUUGGGACGUUAUAUAGACAGGUGUGUGCCUUUCCAAAUCAUGUCCAAUCAAUUGAAUUUACCACAGGUGGACUCCAAUCAAGUUGUAGAAACAUCUCAAGGAAUGAUCAAUGGAAACAGGAUGCACCUGAGCUCAAUUUCGAGUCUCAUAGCAAAGGGUCUGAAUACUUAUGUAAAUAAAAACCUGUUUUCUCUUUGUCAUCAUGGGUUAUUGUGUGUAGAUUGCUGAGGAUUUUUAUUGAAUCCAUUUUAGAAUAAGGCUGUAACGUAACAAAGUGGAAAAGGUCAAGGGGUCAGGAAUACUUUCCGAAGGCACUGUAUAAACUGAUUGUUUAAAGCAAAACUACUUACUUUUUUUCCGGUAAAGCACAAUCUUCAACAGUGCAUAGAUAACAAUAAUUUUGCAAAUUACAUAGGUUGUCACUCAACUAAUUAAGCCUAAUAUCACGCAAACCAUUUUAGCAUUUGAAUGCUGAAUGUGCCACACAGAUGUGCAAGUUCAGGAACAGGCAGCCUACCUCGCGAAGCUGGGCACAUCUUAAACAGGGGUGCCAAUAAUAGUGGAGGGCACUGUAUGCUUAUCUGUGAAUCAUUAAAUCCCUAGUAACCAGCCCUCACCCACUGAGCACCGACCAUCACCGGACGUCCAUAGAUGUUGAAAAGUCAGUCCAAAUCAAAACCAAUCAUAGACGUCUGUUUCACAAGCUUGGACAGUAUAACGUUAGUACAGUAGUCUAUAGGUCAGUACAAUACUGUACUGUAGAAUUUAGUACAGUAUAGUAGAGCACACUAGAGUAGAGUACAGUGUAAUUUACUGUACUGUGCGGCGCUCAUUAGAAUAAUUGCCAGUGUAGAAUAAUACCCAAGCAUUCAAAGGAGGAAAUGAAAUGUUCCUAUGUUUGUGUACCUAUUCAGCAUACAUCACCAUGAAAAGAAUGGCAUUCAUAGUUAAGCAUUUCUGUAUAGUUUAAAGUAGUUCAUAGUUGUGUGGUUUGUUUAACUUUGCAAUCAAUGUUUUUUGAUUUGGCAAUUGGCAUACUUUAUAAAGUGAAAAGUCGGAGUCUCAGUGAUUCUGUUAUUGUGGAAUUACCCUAAUGCUAACGAGGUUUUCAACUAGUCAGUCACAUGACUCCUGUAUUCAGCACUGAAGCAGAGUAUAAAAUAUGUUCUAUGAAACCAUAUGUCAUUUAAAAAGCUACUGGAAUAUCUGGCUCUUUAAAAAAUAUAUAUAUAUAAUAAACAUGUAUGAAUUACAUUGUAUUUGACAGUUGUUGAGUAGUUCCUGUUAACUUGAUCUGACGUUCGUCUAACAGCACCUCGGGCAACCCUUUAUUUAUUUCAGGUAUUAAUAGCUAGUAAAUGUAUUGUGUGCAGGAAAUGGUGAUCUGUGCUCUGAAGCAGACCAACAGUCGCAGCGUGGAGGCAGCCAUAGAGUACAUUAGUAAGAUGAGCUACCAGGAUCCUGUGAGGGAGCAGAUGGUGGCUGCCGCCGCCCGCCCCGUUAAUGCAGGCAUGAAAGCCCCCGGUAGGUGUCUGUCCUCUGGGACCAAACCUCUCCUUUUUCCAGGGUUGUUCACGGGACCCUGGCUACCAUUGUUGCAGGAUCUAGGGCUAUACUAUUUGUCGCUGGAGACACAAUAGAUUGUCGUUGAGGGAACAAGAUUCUAUUGAACAACUGCUUUGGGGGAAGGGAGUGUGUUUGAAUUGAGAAUGCUGUACAAUGCAAGGGUUUGCUUUCUUUGAUAUUGCAGUAACAUCUAUUGCAAACAUAAUGAUUGAUCUCUAUAUGGUGCUUUUUAACUGUAGUUUUUCUUCCCAUCGUUACAGGUUCAUCUAACAUCCAGCAGCCUGUGCUGAGGAGGCAGAGCUGGAAGGGUUCCAAGGAGUCCCUUGUUCAGAGACAUGGCCACUUGAUGGUGGAGGGGAUGAUGUACCGUUCAGACAGCCCUGGACCCCAGGGUGACCUGGCGGGACGAGGCCCUCCCCCAGCCUUCCCACAGGGCCACCCUGGCAACAACCCACGGGUCAACCCUCCCCUACCCCCUCAAGUGCGCAGUGUCACCCCUCCCCCAAAUAGGGGUGGAACCCCGCCUCCACCCUCCUGGGACAGUAACCCCUCCACCAAGCGCUUCUCUGGCAACAUGGAUUACCUGGUGCCCCGUAUUUCUCCUGUUCCUCAAGGAGCCUGGCCCGAUGGCUACUCAGCCCCAGCCCCCCAUAACCAGAGGGGCAUCAGCCCAGUGCCCAUGGGCCGUCAGCCCAUCAUCAUGCAGAGCUCUGGGGGGAACAAGUUCAGCUUCCCCUCCGGCUGGUCUCAGAACAGCUCCCCUCAACCAGACUACAUGGGACACCAGAGUGGCGGUAGCAGACAACUCCCUCCCCCUUACCCAGUGAACCAGAGCAGUAGACAAAGCCCCACCGCUCAGCAGAUGCAGGCCGGAGGUCCUGCCUCCUCCCCAUCCUACGUCAACAGUGGUAACCUCCCCCAGUCCAUGAUGGUGCCUAACCGGAACAGUCACAACCUUGACAUGUACAACAUGGGCGUGCCGCAGUCCUGGUCCCAAGCACCCCCCGGCCAGCCCCAGUCCUCCCCAGGUAGCAGCAACCAGGACAUGUCCCCCUCAUGGCAGCCGCACAGCAUCCCUGUCCGAUCCAGCUCCUUCAACAGCCACCAGAUGAGCAACAGGCAGGGCCACCCAGCCAGCUCCCAGCCCUCUGCCACUACAGUGACGGCCAUCACCCAGGCCCCCAUCCUGCAGCCCGUUAAGAGCAUUCGUGUGCAGAAACCUGAGCUACACACUGCUGUGGCCCCCACACACCCACCCUGGAUGCACCAGCCCCCACCCUCUCCAUCUCCCACUACCUACCAGGAGCCACUACCAGCUGCACCCAUGCCCCACAUACCCAUUACAGUAGCAGAGGUGCCCAGUUACCAAGGUCCUCCACCCCCAUACCCCAAACACCUCCUCCAGCAGCCUGCUGCACUCUGCCCUGCCUAUGACCCAGGGCCCAAGCCCAGUUCUGGGAGAGAGGAGGCUGCAGAGGAAGAGGAGUGUAGCAGCAGCUCUAGUGACAGGCCAGAAGGCCCAGACUCUGCUGCUGUGGGAACAGAGAAGGAGAAUAAACAGAUCACCACGUCUCCGGUGCCUAUGCGCCGGAACAAUAAAGAUGAGGAGCGGCGAGGAGACCCCAGGGUGCCACUCUACUCUCCCCAGGCCUUCAAGUUCUUCAUGGAGCAGCACGUUGAGAACGUCUUGAAGAACCACCAGAUGAGGAUCCAUAGGAAGAAGCAGCUGGAGAGUGAGAUGCAGAGGGUGAGAGGACACAGUUACAGCUUAUAAUGUCCCUAUGAGUUACAUUUGGUCUAAACAAUGGUAGAAUCUGAAUUUGGUCUAAUCAAUUCAAUUCACAGGAAUACAGGGUCAUUAUUUAUCAACUGAAAAGCCAACAUUUACACCGUAAUGGAUUUGGCCGAUGACAGUCGAAUAUGUCCUCACGCAGACUUACUUAGUUUUCGGUCUUUGUCUCUUUCUUACUAUUUAUUUCCUGUUCAAGCUGUAUUUUCAUUGUUUUUGAAUGUUCUAUUCUUUCCGUCUGCUUAGCUGUCUCUCUCUCUCUUUCUCUCCUGUUCUCUCCUUGCUGUCACUAACAGCUGAUGUAGAAGGUAAAAGUAUCUCCUAUCAAUGCUGUGACCUGAAUAGCCCACACUGAUCAGUGACCAAGUAAGCCACUGUUGAAAGCUGGAACAUUUUAAUUGAACAGCAUGAAGCCCUCUGCUGACUGACAGCAUCACACCAACUCCUUAGGGAGAGGCAUGCCUUUCCAUCCACUUUCCAUUUUAGUGCUCCGCUCCAGCAUAUAUUAUUAACACCUUCAUGCUUGCCAAGAAAACCAGCCUUAUUGAGAACGUCUGCUGUACACUAUAUAUACAAAAGUAUGUGGUCACCACUUCAAAUUAGUGGAUUCGGCUAUUUCAGCCACACCCGUUGCUGACAGGUGUAUAAAAUUGAGCACACAGCCAUGCAAUCUCCAUUGACAAACAUUGGCAGUAGAAUGGCCUUACUGAAGAGCUCAGUGGCUUUCAAUGUGAUACCGUCAUAGGAUACCACCUUUCCAACAAGUCAGUUCGUCAAAUUUCUGCCCUGCUAGAGCUGCCCUGGUCAACUGUAAGUGCAGUUAUUUUGAAAUGGAAACGUCUAGGAGCAACAACGGCUCAGCCGGAAGUGGUAGGCCACAAAAGCUCACAGAACGGGACCCCUGAGUGCUGAAGCGCGUAAAAAUCAUCUGUCCUUGGUUGCAACACUCAUUACCUGCCCGAAUGCAUAGUGCCAACUGUAAAGUUUGGUGGAGGAGGAAUAAUGGUCUGGGGCUGGUUUUCAUGGUUCGGGCUAGGCCCCUUAGUUCCUGGAAGGGAAAUCUUAACGCUACAGCAUACAAUGACAUUCUAGACGAUUCUGUGCUUCCAACUGUGGCAGCAGUUUGGGGAAGGCCCUUUUCUGUUUCCGCAUUACAAUGCCCCCAUGCACAAAGCGAGGUCCAUACAGAAAUGGUUUGUCGAGAUCGGUGUGGAAGAACUUGACUGGCCUUGCCAGAGCCCUGACCUCAACCCCAUCAAACAUCUUUGGGAUGAAUUGGAACGCCGACUGCGAGCCAGGCCUAAUUGCCCAACAUCAGUGCCCGACUCACUAAUGCUCUUGUGGCUGAAUGGAAGCAUGUCCCCGCAGCAAUGUUCAAACAUCUAAUGGAAAGCCUUCCCAGAAGAGUGGAGGCUGUUAUAGAAGCAAAGGGGGGACCAACUCUAUAUCAAUGCCCAUGAUUUUGGAAUGAGAUGUUCGAGCAGGUGUCCACAUACUUUUGGUCAUGUAGCGUAUCUCGGUUAGUUUUUUAACCUGCAUUUUCCAAUGUGUUUUAAUGGUUACUAUGUUGUUACCUUACCUGUGCCUGCAUCCUACCAGGUUGAAUGCAUUGCUUUGCUAAUGUAUCUUUGGUUGUCUUAUUUUAUGUGCCUAAUGAAUGUUCUGUGGUGCUCUCUUAAAUAAACAGUUUUUCUGGGAGAUCUCCGCGACGGGCCUGAAUGUAAAUUGUCUUAUUUUGCUAUUUAGGUUGGGUUGUCAGGGGAUGCCCAGGAGCAGAUGCGCAUGAUGCUGUCUCAGAAAGAGUCCAACUACAUCCGACUGAAGCGGGCCAAGAUGGACAAGUCCAUGUUCAAGAGGAUCAAGACCCUGGGCAUCGGAGCCUUUGGAGAGGUGUGUCUAGCCCGGAAGGAGGACACAGGAGCCCUGUACGCCAUGAAGACGCUGCGCAAGAAGGACGUUCUCCUCAGGAACCAGGUGGCCCACGUCAAGGCAGAGAGAGACAUCCUGGCUGAGGCUGAUAAUGAGUGGGUGGUGCGGCUCUACUACUCCUUCCAGGACAAGGACAACCUGUACUUUGUGAUGGACUACAUCCCCGGAGGAGACAUGAUGAGUCUGCUGAUCAGGCUGGGCAUCUUCAAAGAGGACUUGGCUCAGUUCUAUAUCGCUGAGCUCACCUGCGCCGUGGAGAGUGUGCACAAGAUGGGCUUCAUCCACCGCGACAUCAAGCCAGACAACAUCCUUAUAGACCGGGACGGACACAUCAAGCUCACCGACUUUGGCCUCUGCACCGGCUUCCGUUGGACGCACGACUCUAAGUACUACCAGAGUGGUUAGUAUGAUCCAUGUCUUAUGAUGCUUGUUGCUGCUUCAAUCCAAGAGGAUGUUUUGGCCUUUGGGCUAACACUGUUCUCCCCCUUUUCAUUGUCUGUAAAGCCAAGCUAAUCUUUGUGCCGUUUCUCUCUGUAGGAGACCAUGUUCGGCAGGACAGCAUGGACUUCAGUAAGGAAUGGGAGCAGGACCCAGCUAACUGUCGCUGUGCAGACCGGCUCAAGCCCCUGGAGAGGAGGAAGGCGAGGCAACACCAGCGCUGUCUGGCCCACUCCCUGGUGGGGACACCCAACUACAUCGCUCCAGAGGUGCUGCUCAGAACAGGUAAGCCUGUGUAAGAGAAAGUUGAAUCUGCAGUGAAGUUGGAAAUAUAAUUGGUGAUGUUUGAAUUACCAAUGCGGGAGUGACAUUUUGUGUGUAAUGUAUGAAAGGUUAUUAUUUUUGCUCUUGUGCACCAUGUUAUUGUCUCUAACAUGUGACUGUUACACCACUCUGUUCAAGGAUACACCCAACUGUGUGAUUGGUGGAGUGUUGGUGUCAUUCUGUAUGAAAUGGUGGUUGGGCAGCCUCCUUUCUUAACAACUACACCCCUGGAAACCCAGCUCAAGGUAAAUUAACCAGUUCAAAACUGAGCAUAUCUCAUGUUGGCCUGGUUUGUCAGGUGUUGUUUUCCUCCUCUCUAUAUUAAACGCUCCGGUUCUUUCUUGUACGCAGGUGAUAAACUGGCAGACCACCCUGCACAUCCCCCCUCAAGCCAAGCUGAGCCGAGAGGCAUCGGACCUCAUCAUUAAACUAUGCCGCGGCCCUGAGGACCGCCUCGGCAAGAACGGUGCCGACGAGAUCAAGGUGCAGCCCUUCUUCAAGACCAUAGACUUCUCUAAUGACCUGCGGCAGAUGCAGCCGGCCCCCUACAUCCCCACCAUCGCUCACUGCACAGACACCUCCAACUUUGACCCAGUGGACCCAGAUAAGCUGUGGAGCAGCGACAACGAAGCAGAGGGCAAACACAAUGACACCCUCAAUGGGUGGUUCAGGAACGGCAAGCACCCCGAGCACGCCUUCUACGAGUUCACCUUCCGCCGCUUCUUUGACGACAACGGCCACCCCUACAGCUGUCCCAAGCCCAUUGGCAUAGAGUAUGAGGAGGGAUCUGAUGGGGACGAGGCAGACUCUGAGGCCCCUGCACAGGAGGAGGGAGACCAGGAAGAGAGCAGCAGGAGGGCACAGGGCCGUGAUUUGGUGUAUGUGUAG